CAGAGAAAGGUAGCUGAGGGAAAUGGGAACUCUUUUCUAGAGGGAAUGAGAGAGAGAGCGGGAGGGACGGCGGAGGAGAUAGGGCGCUUUUUCACGGCUCUCCAGGACACUCUUAUCGCAGACGCCUUCAUCUUUCUUCACCCUCAGCGGAUCAGCAAAGUAAGAAAGAGCUUCCGAGCAAGGUGGUUAAGUGACAGAUUAAGGUGUGACUUGCAGUAGAAUUUCACUUGAUCAUGACGGUGAACAGUGACACCGUUGUUGAAAAUGGAUGUGGUUCAGAGCAGUUGGGAUUGACUGAGGAGGAGAAGAUGGUGGUGGAAAGGUUGGCUGAUGAAGUGAAGGAUGUGGACGGAGAAGAUACAUUUGAGGAAGCUAUUGAGGGAGGAGAAUCUAGAGUGUCUCUGGAGGAAGAAGAAAAAACGGUUGAAAGUGGGGGUGGGAAGGUGGACGAAAUGAAGCAAGAGUCUCUGGUGACCGACGAAUCAGAGUCUUUUGAAGAAGCGAUGGAGCUUCCUUCUCAAGAAGGGAAUGGAGAUGUGGUAAAUAGUGACUGUCUUGGACCUUCGACAGCUAGUCUCGUGGAACGUGCAUGGGAGUUGGAAAUUGGUGGAAGCAGGAAACAUACAAGUGAAGCUGGAGAACAACAAGGAACGGUUGGUCCUCUGCAUUGUAGUAAUGAAAAUGGAGAAGUGAGUAACGUUCUGGUGGGCGGCGAUGUGGAAGAUGUGCAGUGUGGCAAAGAAGAAUCCCGUAAGGAGAGUGCUGUUGCUCAAGAGAAGGUUGAAGGUGGGGUCAUUCAACAUAUGCAAGUUUCUUCUAAUGAAUUAUGUGAUGCUGAUUCUGAUAUUGUUGAUCAAAAGCGAGAGACUAUGAAUCAAUUUCCGGAGGAUGUUUUUGCCAGGAUAGAAAUUCCCAUUAAAAAUGCUGAUAUUGACGACAAAGAGGGAGGGGAAAAUCUGCUUUACAAGGAUGUUUCUACUGGGGCAGGCAAGAGAAAUCUGCCUGCUCCGGUUGAAUCAUUUGUGGAUGAUACUGCAACUGCAGAGAAGGAACACACUAAUGGAACAUUUAGAAAAGAAGAAGGAGAAACCAGCGGUACGUCCACAGGAGAUAUUGAUAACCUGUUUGGUUCACCUGAUGAAGUGGAAGAGCUGGAUGCUGCGGAAGCAGAAGAGUUGAUCUUUAGUGAGACUGAAAUCUUUCCAAGGGACCAUGAUGAGGCAACUUCUAAAAUUUCUUCUGAAGAAGAAUCAGAGCCAUCUAUACAAUUGAGAUCAGUUGAAGAGCUGCUGCACAAACAUGUGUUCCAGUCAACCAUAACCAGUGAGAAUUUGAGUGUGAAAAUGUCAACUAAUUCAUCAGCUGAAAGUUCCAUGGAUGUUCCUGUUCCUCCAAGCCAUCCUGUGGGUCUUGGCUCCUCUGUACCUUUACUAGAGCCCAUUUCUCGUGCCAAGCUUCAAUCCCGGUCUAAUGAAAUUGUGUCACCUUCUUCAUCUCAGACUUCUAAAUUUGGUACAGAAGAAAACGACAAGGUGCAAGGGUCUCUCCUUCACAAAGAUACUCAAUCUGAAAAUUCUGCUAGUGCAAUUUCUGGAAAGCAGCUUGAAAAACAAAAGUCACAAACCAUGAAGUUGGAUAAGCCAAGUGAAGCUAAAACUCGCGAAAAGCUAACGGUCACUACCGAUGAAUCAGGUACAAAACCCAUUGGAAAUUCAUCCACUGGAGGUUCAAGUGAUAGCUUUCGCCCACCACAUCCUGCUGGGCUUGGAUCAGGUGCAUCCUUGCUACAGCCUGCCUCUCGUACCCAGCAGCAAGCACAAGCUAAUGGAACUAGAUUGCCUGUGACCGAAGAAACUGUCAAUGGGGAAACAGAUGAAGAUAGUGAGACACGUGAAAAACUUCAAAUGAUUCGUGUGAAAUUUUUGCGCCUUGCUCACAGGCUUGGUCAAACUCCACAUAAUCCUGUGGUGGCCCAGGUUCUUUACAGGCUUGGUCUGGCAGAGCAGCUUCGGGGGAGUAGGGCUGGGGCUUUUAGCUUUGACAGAGCAAGUGCACUGGCUGAGCAGUUGGAAGCAGCAGGACAGGAUGCCCUUGAUUUCUCUUGCACCAUCAUGGUGCUUGGAAAGACUGGAGUUGGUAAGAGUGCUACAAUCAAUUCUAUAUUUGACGAGGCCAAAUUUACUACAGAUGCAUUUCAGAUAGGCACAAAGAAAGUCCAGGCUGUUGUUGGAACAGUUCAGGGAAUCCAAGUUAGAGUAAUUGACACUCCAGGACUACUGACUUCCUUUCUUGAUCAGCGUCACAAUGAAAAAAUCCUCAAUUCUGUGAAAAGCUUUAUCAAGAAGACUCCUCCUGAUAUAGUUCUGUAUCUUGAUCGCCUUGAUAUGCAGAGCAGAGAUUAUGGAGAUCUACCAUUGUUACGUACUAUAACUGAUAUUUUUGGACCAGCAAUUUGGUUUAAUGCCAUUGUAGUCUUGACUCAUGCUGCUUCUGCACCACCUGAAGGGCCAAGUGGCACACUCAGUUAUGAAACAUUUGUUGCACAGCGCUCUCAUGUUGUUCAACAGGCCAUCCGUCAAGCUGCAGGAGACAUGCGACUCAUGAACCCUGUUUCAUUGGUGGAGAAUCACUCUGCUUGCAGGACAAACAGGGCAGGGCAGAGAGUGUUGCCUAACGGGCAGGUGUGGAAACCACACUUGCUGUUGCUCUCUUUUGCCUCAAAGAUACUUUCAGAAGCUAAUGCACUGUUGAAGUUACAAACAAAUCCUCCGGGAAAGCCUUUCAGAGUGCGUUCCAGAGUUCCUCCUCUACCAUUCCUCUUAUCUUCUCUUCUCCAGUCGAGACCUCAGUUAAGAGUUCCCGAAGAACAAUUUGGUAAUGAUGAUGCCAUGGAUGACGAUUUGGAUGAGUCAUCUGAUUCUGAUGAUGAGUGUGAAUAUGAUGAGCUGCCUCCUUUUAAGCGCUUGACCAAGGCACAAAUAUCUAAGUUGAGUAAAGAGCAACGGAAAGCCUACUUUGAUGAACUGGAUUAUCGAGAAAAGCUUUUCAUGAAAAAACAAUUGAAAGAGGAGAGGAAACAACGUAAGUUGCUGAAGAAAAUGGCAGCAUCAGGCAAACAAGGGUCGCAGAUGGAUAACGAAAACAUGGAGGAAGGUGGUGGUUCUGCAACAGUGCCUGUACCUAUGCCAGAUAUGGCGUUACCUGCUUCUUUUGAUUCAGACAAUCCUACACACAGGUACCGUUACCUUGAUUCCUCAAACCCGUGGCUUGUGAGGCCAGUAUUUGAAGCUCAUGGCUGGGACCAUGAUGUUGGUUAUGAAGGGUUAAAUGUAGAAAGGUUGUUUGUGGUAAAAGACAAAAUUCCAUUGUCCAUUUCUGGUCAAUUUAGUAAGGACAAGAAGGAGUCCAAUCUACAGUUAGAAUGUGCAAGUUCAAUAAAACAUGGAGAAGAAAAAGCAACCUCUUUAGGUUUUGACAUGCAGACAGUUGGAAAAGAGAUUGCGUAUACAUUGCGUGGUGAAACAAGAUUCAGUAAUUACAGAUGCAACAAAGCUGCAGCUGGUCUUUCUGUUACGCUUCUAGGUGAUGCACUGUCAGCUGGACUAAAGUUUGAGGACAAGUUAAUGCUUCACAAGAGGUUCAAGGUCGUGAUGAGUGGUGGUGCUAUGGCUGGAAGAAGUGAUGUAGCUUACGGUGGUAGUCUGGAAGCCACUCUCCGAGAUAAAGAUUAUCCUAUAGGCCGGAGUUUAUCUACCUUUGGUCUCUCCAUCAUGGACUGGCAUGGAGAUCUUGCUAUUGGGUGUAAUCUACAGUCUCAGUUUCCUGUGGGAAGAAGCACGAACAUGACUGCUCGUGCAAACUUGAACAACAGAGGUUCUGGCCAAGUUAGUGUUCGGUUGAAUAGUUCAGAUCAGUUGCAGAUAGCUCUUGUUGGUUUGCUCCCAUUGCUACGAAAUAUUAUCAAUAACAGGUUGAAUUCUCAGUCCAUGUCAUAGAUAUAGGGAGAAUACAUCUAGACCAAGCUGCAGUUUAUCAAUAUAUUGAAAUUAAUGUGAUUGAAGACGUCCAUUUUGGUCGGCAUGACAAGGAGCAAAAUAAGAUGCUGACUCAUGUCUCUUGGGCAGAGUUCCAUUAUGAUAUAUCUUUUACACUUUCUUCUUGGAACUAUCUUGGAAUUUUAUUCAUUAGCUUGAUUAGGUAGAUUAUUAUUGUUAUUAUAUUUUUUAGAUUUUUUUAACUAGUGAGCAGUGCCUGUGUAGUUAUUUAGGAAGUGGGUUUAGAAGUCUUUGGAACGAGGCAGCAGUUCUUUUUCUGAGCUUCAUGCAAUUUUUGUGAUAAAUUUGUCUCUGUGGAGCGUAUAAUGAUCGAAAUUUUGUUGUCAGCUAAAAGCCGUAAUAAAGUGUGGCUGUGGUCGCCCCUAUUAAAGGCUUGGUGCUAUUACCUUUGUUUGUAAUGAGACCUCCAAUACUCUAUCUGAAUCUCUACCUCCCAGGAAAGUUUACUGCCAGUUGCAGUUGGUACGGUCAUCGGUUUGUAGAAAGCUUUGAUCUUAUAAGGAAAUUUUUUUCCGUCA